AACAUUUCUUGCCCACGGUAUUACGAUGUACGGUACAGCCUUCUUAAUUUAUACAAACAAACGUCAAUUAUGUAAAUUUUUUCUGCGAAAUUAAAACAAAAAAAAGAAACAGGAACUUUUAAAACUGUAAAUGUACCCAAAUCUCACAGUAAAUGAUAGCGAGCACAUUUAAUAACAAUACAAUAUUAAUACGAAGUUGCGAAAUGUUUCAUUCGAAGCAAUAAAUACGUUUAGAAAAACAAUCGUUUUUAAUCAAGAACGGGAAGCUCCACUCAGGCACUUACAUCCGCCUGUUUAAAAAAAAAAAAAAAAACCUUGCUUGCCAGCUCUAGCCUAGUUUACUUUUGUUUCCUCGUUUACUGGAGAAGACCUGCCCUUCCGUGUUCAGUUCUGAAUCGGACAAUUUGAUUGGAUCCGACUGAUAACCGUGUAAAGCGAAACUUAAUAUUAGCUUUUGUAAAAACAGAAUAUGGUGGUAUGGGGCAGGCUGGCAGCAAAAUGGAAAGUCAUACCAAAGGCAAAAAUGACAAUUUUCCAUCUGCUCUGACAGAUAAAAGUGGAUUCCAGUCCGUGAGGCAAACAGUCUACUGGUUGUCUGGAUUUUUGUGGCAGACAUUGGAAGGACGGCUAAUACUAGGAGUUGGAUUUGUACUUGGUCUGUUUUUUAUCCGAAAGCCGUAUGUUUACAUAGGGCGGUUUUUGAAACAUUACAAAGGAUGUUUCCCAGGGAUGACCAAAAAAAGUCUCAGUGUAGCCCCAGCAAUGGAUCUACUAGAAUACUGUGAACUGGAAUGGAAAGGAAUGACACCUCAUGCUGAUCAAAUAAGGAAGGCCUAUGGAGAAAUCUACAGGGUACAUAAUAUUAGGUACAUUUGCAGAGUUCGUGGAGACAACUACUGUGCAUUGAGAGCGACACUGUUUCAGGUGCUCAACAAUGGCAUCCCCUUUCCAUCCUGGAUGAAAGAACAAGAUAUCACAAAGCUCCCUGAGAAGCUGUUUUACUCACAAGGCUGCAACUGGAUACAGCAGUACAGCUUCGGACCAGAAAAAUACACAGGACCAAAAGCUUUUUAUAAGCUACGUAAAUGCGUAGACAUGUUGAAGUUUCAGUGGGCUGAUAUUUAUGGACUCAAGGAUAAGAAGGCACGUGAAAAGGCCUGCAAGCUCCUGUUCAUGGAUGAAGCAAACGAGUACAAGAUGUACGAGGCAGUGAAAUUCCUCAUGCUCUACCAGGCCAUUGAGAUGUCUGAGGGGAUGAGGCACGGGCAAGAUGUCCCCAAUUUCUGUGCAAUCCUUUUCUCAAGGGACACAUCUUUAGACCCUUUUAGCUUCAUGCUAAACCACCUGAACACCAUUGGUGACUCUGGUGGACUUGAGCAGAUUGAGAUGUUUCUUCUUGGAUACACCUUAGAGCUGCACAUCCAAACCUUCAGACUGUACAAGUAUGGCACAGAGGAAUUUGAAGUUAGUUUCACUGAUGUAUGUGGGAAGGACUGGCACAAGAUCACCCUCCUGACAGAAGAUGACAGACAUUAUAACAUACCUGUUACCCAUCAAUAGGUAGAGGAUGAAACCACAAGAGCCUCUGAGUAAAUCAUGCUUGGUGCUGGUGAUAGUCAGUAUUGAGUCAUGAUGGAGCAGGUCACAGCCCUGUUUGUUUUUUAAGUUGUUUAAUAUAGUGGUUCUAUAAACAUUUCCUUGUGGCAGCACUUCCUGCUAGGUACAGUAGCAACCACAUAAUAUAGGAAUCUUUUUUUGACAAAUCUUCGUAGGACUAUGAAGUCAUAAUGUAUAUAUUUGGAAAGGAGAGUGUAAAAAAAAAAAAAAAUGCUGUUAAAUAUUUUAAACAAAACACAGGUAAUGCACUUGAAUUGAGGGUAGUAAUACUAAAUUAAUAGUAUCCAGUUUGAUUUGAACUUUUUUAAUAACUUUAACUGAGUGCCACAUACUCCAGCAGUGAGUGUGUCAUUGAGUCCAAGCCCUUGCUGUUAAAAGCAUCUCUAAUGGGAAUGAUCCUUUGAUCAGAAGGUCUGCUAUGAUACAGAAUAUUAAAGUAGUGAGGGGGUCAUUACUCAGAGAGCCAUAAAGAACAGGUACUAAUUAACCUUUCCUAUCAACCUCCUACAUAGGUGCUGUAGUGAGGGAGAAAAAGAGUCAUUUAUGUGAUUGGACUUUUAGACAACAGGGUCCAUUCAGUUUAUCUAAACAGUGGCGUAUCUAAAAAAAAAAAAAAAAGCUGCUUCUCAAGUUACUGACAUUAUUUUUGAAAAUGGAACAGCUAACAGUGCAUGUGCUUCUCUGGCUGUAAAAAUAUGUACAGUAGCAGGGAGCAUCAUACAGCAUUUAGUUGUUUAAUGGACAGCAGUAGUUCCACCAUCGUUUAGAUCAUUUGAAUGGAGUCCAAUAUGUUGUAUCGCGCAUGAAUAUCAUUUGAGAUUUUAUUCAAAGAGUUCCGUUCUGGAAAGCUUCCGAUCCCCUUUAUAAAUGUUAAUGGUCAAUAUUUGACUUUUCAUUUAAAUAUGCAAAAAAAUUCUCAGGGGCCAUAAGGCAUUUCAUCCCAGUGACAGGUUAAUAGACUUUGAAGCUUUUCAUUGGAAUUGAUCAGCCAGUAAGUUUGCUUGGGGUUAUGGAGCAAUGCUUACCCUGUGCACUGUGGAAGUGGUGGAUGGCAUUUUAUUUUAUUUUCUGUAAAAUAUGUUUUCUGAUUUGUUUUUUAAUGUUAAUUAAUUUUAAUCAUAUAAGGAAAUAAUGUGAAAAAUGUAAACCACAACAUGGCAUGUGUUGUUGUGAUUAAGGGAAUGUCUUGGUGCGCUGUGAGGCACAAGGCCAAGUGUCCACAUGCCUUAAACCACAGAUUUGUUAUUUUCUUUCAUUAUCUAAUUUCAUCUUGUGUCUGAAAAAAAAGACAAAAAAUGACUGAAACAUUAAAACUGAAAGUCCCAGGUUUUCUGAAACUAGAAAACGCUCAUUAAAUACACUCCAUGACAUUGUUGUGUCGUUAGGGACCAAAUCUACAACAUUACCGAAACAUACAUGUACUUUUGUUUUUGUUUUUACUAGUGUGCAUUAAAACCGUGUUUUCCCUUUAUUGACAUGUUAGUACACAUUUAGAUGUUUAUGUAAAUGUUCCUGUAGCGCAUCACACUGUAUUGUUUGUUUUUUUACCAACUGCAUUUAAUCAGAUGUAAUAUAUUACAGCUGUUUUGCUUUCACAUUUGAGAACUGAAUAAAUAUGUGCUGUAUUGCC